GGACAGCGCCGGACGCGGCGAAUGGCGGAAACUCUGAGGCGGGUGCUAAACGCCGGUGGCGCGGCCGGGCUGGAGGCGGAGGAGGGUGCGGCCGAGGGCGGGUCUUUGCUGUUGCUCGGCGGCCCGGGUUCGGGAAAGACAGCGCUGCUCUUCGCGGCAGCUCUGGAGAUAGCAGGGGAGGGCCGGGGACCCGUCCUCUUUCUGACCCGGAGGCCUCUGCAAAGCCUGCCCAGCCGAAGCGGAAGUGCGCUGGACCCCUUGAGGCUGCAGAAGAUCCGCUUCCAGUACCCACCCUCCACCCAGGAACUGCUGCGGUUCCUCUGCUCGGCCCACGAGUCCCGGGGACCCACCCCCGCCCUGCUGCUGGUGGACAGCCUGGAGGACUUCCUGGAGGAAGAGGCAGGCACCCAGGACACAGCAUACUUGGCCGCGCUCCUUCUGGACACAGCGGCCUUCUUCAGCCAGCGGGCCGGACCCGGCCGGGGCUGUGGGCUCAUGGUGGCCUUGCAGACCCCGGGGGACGGGGACAGCGACGGCGGCGGGGGGGCUCUUCUGCUGUCGUUGCUGCUACGGUAUUUUCCCGCUCGUUGCUGGCUGCAGCCGGGACCCUGUGGCCUCCGAGUCUGCUUGGAGCCGGGCGAAGGGAUCCCGAGGGCAGAGUGGUCUCUGGUUCUCGGGCCUGACGGAGAGAUGUCUGCCACGCCGUGCGCCACCCAGGCCGGGGACCCCUCCACUGGCCCUGGAGCCCAGGGGUGAGCUCAGCGGGUUCCUCGGGCUGGAAUAUUCACGGAAAGGAUAGGACACUGUCUCAAGAGACCUCAUGGACUCAGAGCCCACCCAACAUCUCCAUUCUCCAUGCCCAGGGUAGCUUCUCCAUGGACAGACACACAGACGGAGAGAUAUUACAGACUAGAGCUUCCCCUGGUACCGUAGACAUUCCCAUGUGGUGCUGGGGCUUGAACCUGAGAUCCUGCCCGCUACCCUGAGAGCUCUCUCCCUCUCCCUCUCUCUCUCUCUCUGGCUCUGAUUUAUAUUGUUAGAGACAGGGUCUCUCUGAGUUAUUUUUUAUACCCAGUCGACAGUGUAAAUCUCUUUGACCUUUGUUAUAAAAUCCUUUUCCAGUGCA